CGUGUUAGAAUAUCAACAGCUGGAAGAGCAAAACAAAGAAAAGUACAGGGGGAUGCUUAGAAGACAGCUACAGAUAGCUGGUGUUCAUUAUACAUCUAUUUCGGAUGACAGAUUUGAGGAACUGGUCUCACAAAUUGAGAGUGGAGCAGCCUUGACACAGGAAGAUAUAUUGAAACAAACUAAUCAAGAAAGACAAACACUUAAAGAGGUUGAAGCAAGAAAGAUCUCUGAACUAGAGAAAAAUGUAAAAGAGCUCCAUGACAUGUUUCAUGAGAUGACAGUGCUCCUAAAUGAUGAAUCACAGGAUGAGAAUGAUUUUAUAGCAGACAAUAUUGAGCACAAUGUAGAAAAUACAAAAGAUUACAUACCAAAAGCCACAAAAGAUUAUGUACCAGAAGUCACAGAACCAAUAGAGAUAGCAAGAAAUUAUCCCAAAAAAACCAGUUUAAAAUGGAUGAUGUGUGGAAUCGCUACAAUAGUGAUAGUUAUAUUUCUCCUAAUUAUAACCCUGCCUAUUGCCCUAGUGAUUAUCAUAAUAAUAAUUAUUAUUGUGAGUAUUGCUGUUGGCAUUGGCUCUUGUCGACAUCAAGAGACUCAAGACAAUUGAAUAUUGAGUUUUGUGUAUGAGUGGCACAAUAUAUGCAUGUACUUACUAUCUAUAGAUAAAAAUAAUUUGUAGUAAAACAGAGUUUUUAGAAGUAAUUUUCAUUGAUCAA